AUGGCGAUUAUAUCACUCUCAACUCGGGCCAGGCCCACCUAUAAUUUCUUCCCAUCGUUCCUCCACUAUCUCCUCUUUCAACUUCAACCCUACAGUAAUUCCCGAACCACCCGCAGUUUUCUCAAUCUCCCCGUAUUUCACCGCCCAAAUUCCAUACCAUUUUCAUCUCAAUCACAUUCAAUUGAACCUCAACAAUCCUUAACAGAUUCUUCUUCACAGAACCUUGUCAAUGAGCUUUCCCGCGUUCUUAGCGACUACAGAAGCCCCGGCCACGACCUUGAUUCAGCUCUUACCCCAUUUGUUUCGGAAAUCAAUGCAAAUUUGGUCGAACAAGUAUUGAAGAGAUGUAAAAAUCUAGGAUUUUCUGCUCAAAGAUUCUUCCUUUGGGCUCAGAAAAUUCCGGGGUUUGAGCAUAAUAGAGAAGCUCAUCAUAUUCUUGUAGAUAUCUUGGGAAGCAGCAGACAAUUCCCAUUGCUUUGGGAUUUUUUAGUAGAGAUGAAAAGGGCUGAAUCUUUUGAUAUUAGCCAAGAAAUUUUCUGGGUUGUUUUUAGGGCUUAUUGUAGAGCUAAUUUGCCUGCUGAUGCUAUAAGGGCUUUCAAUAAGAUGUCUGAUUUUGGAAUUAGGCCUUGCGUAGAUGAUCUGGAUCAGCUUUUGUUUAUACUGUGCAAAAAGAAGCAUGUGAAGCAUGCCCAGGAUUUUUUCGACAGAGUUAAAGGCGAUUUUACCCCAACUGUGAAAACUUAUAGCAUUUUGAUCAGGGGUUGGGGUGAGAUUGGAGACUCAAGUAACGCUCAUAGACUAUUCGAUGAAAUGCUUGAGAGUGGGUGUGGUGUGGAUUUGCUUGCUUGGAAUAGUAUGUUGGACUCUUUGUGUAAGGGACAGAAGGUAAAUGAGGCUUAUGAAUUGUUCCGAGGGAUGAGGCAUAAGGGGCUAGAACCGGAUGCAUAUACAUAUUCAAUAUUUAUUCGUGCUUCUUGUGAAGCGAAUGAUCUUCAUUCAGCUUUUAGGGUCCUCGAUUCUAUGAGAAAGUAUGAUCUUGUGCCUAAUGUGUUUACUUACAAUUGUGUUAUCAAGAAGCUUUGUAUGAAUGAUAAGGUGGAUGAAGCUUAUGAGCUUCUAGAUGAGAUGAUUGAGAGACGGGUUAGCCCUGAUACUUGGAGUUAUAAUACUAUUUUGGCUUUUCAUUGUGAUCAUAAUGAAGUUAAUAAGGCACUAAGGCUAAUUUCAAUAAUGGAUAAAUAUGCUUGCCUACCCGAUAGGCAUACGUAUAAUAUGGUGCUUAAAAUGCUCAUUAGAAUAGGAAGGUUUGAUAGAGUUGAGAAAGUUUGGGGUUACAUGGAAGAUAGGGGAUUUUAUCCUUCAGUUUCGACAUAUGCUGUCAUGAUUCAUGGUCUUUGGAAGAAGAAAGGGAAACUUGAAGAAGCGUGUAAAUACUUUGAAAUGAUGAUUGACGAAGGGAUACCACCAUACACUACAACAUGUGAGUUGUUGAGGAACAAACUUGUAGGGAUAGGAUUGGCCGAGAUUACAGAUAUAUUAGCAGAAAAGAUGGAAAGAAGCACUUCUUGUUCAAUACAAGAGCUAUCAACCAUCAUGAGAGGUAACAGGGCGCAUGUAAGGGUGAAAACUGAAGAGGAAUGGUCUGAAGAAAGAUUAUUGAAGGGAAACCUUGCUAUAGGUGUCCUCAAGGGAAAUCAAUGCAGGUGUUUUGAAUUUGUUUUCUUGAUUGUGUUGACAAGCUGCAGCCUGCAUUCAAGUGAGUUACUAUUGUGGGCUCUAUCAGAUGAGAUGGUAUCUCUUCCAGCCAAGAGUAAUAGGUAUAUUCGAGUGGAUUGCUAUGGAGGACUCAAUCAGAUGAGGAAGGAUUUGUAUGAUGGUGUUGGAGUUGCUCACUUGCUGAAUGCUACUCUUGUUUUCCGUAAAUUUGAAGUAGCAGCAUAUUGGAAUGAAUCCAGCUAA